GCAAAUCCAUUCCACCCCCUUCGCUCCACUGUUCCUUGCGGCAUCCACCAGAUUACACGGUCUCUCUCCAGGAACCCCCACCUUCACUGCCGCGCCAAUCAUCCCCAUGACCUUGUCGCGAUCACCCUCUCCCCACCGGGGCGGGGGUGGUCCAGUCCAGGGCUUGUUCCGGGGAGCGGCACCGCAUCGCCACGCGCCGGAUCAUUAACACCAGGCAACCCAGGCGGCAUUUCGUGGGCUGCUGCGCAAGCGAAAAGCAACGAAGUGCGUGGGUAUCCAUCAUUUACGACACGGAACAGCGGCUUCUUUUCUCGCCAGCGACAUAAGAUUUCGGCUCAUUUGCCCAGCUUCCGAAGACUUUCUGGGCACGAAUACGUCGACAAGGAUCAUUAUGGCCGCCAAUGGAGAUCUACAGGUGGGGGACAUGGUUUGCCGGGGAGACUAGGAUUUGCAGUCCGUCGAAGUCGGUUUCGGCUGGUUCUGCUGCUGUUUGCGAUAUGGAUUGGAUAUCUGUUUUUCUGGGCGACAAUUGUCCAGGCAUAUCGACGGUCAACCAUAGGCGGCGGGCGCAAGUUCGUCAUCAUCCUCGGAUCUAAUGUGGAAGGCGGCGUCAUGGAGUGGAAGGGUGCACGCGAAUGGGCAAUUGAACGCAACAGUAUCUGGAACAAAAGGAAAUAUGCCGAGAAAUGGGGCUACGAGCUGGAACUAGCCAAUCUGCUGGCUAAGAAGCGGUAUUCUCACGAAUGGCGUGAAGGCUGGGAGAAGGGCGACGUGAUCCGCGAGGCCAUGCGCAAAUACCCUGAGGCCGAGUGGUUUUGGUGGCUUGACAUAAACACCUGGAUUAUGGAAUACGACACAUCACUACAACAUCAUCUCUUCAAUGACCUCAAUGCACAUGUCUAUCGCGAUAUCAACACUUAUAACCCUCUCAACAUCACCCAUCCAUUGCCGGAGUUCUGGCUCGACGAACUAGGUCGAUCCCCCGAGGGCGACGGGAACCCAGACAGCUUGAACAUGCUUCUAUCGCAGGACUGCGCUGGCUUUAAUCUCGGAUCAUUCUUCGUACGGCGAUCCCUGUGGACCGAUCGCCUGCUUGAUGCUUGGUGGGAUCCCGUUAUGUACGAGCAGAAGCACAUGGAGUGGGAGCACAAGGAACAGGAUGCUUUUGAAUAUAUCUAUCAGAGCCAACCUUGGGUUCGCAGCAGCGUCGGGCUUUUGCCACAGCGCAGGAUCAAUGCCUUCCCGCCAGGCGCAUGCGGCGACGGAGAUAAUCCAAAUAUUCACUACCAGCAGAAAGCGCACGACUUCAUCGUCAACAUGGCUGGCUGCAUGUAUGGCCGAGAUUGUUGGUCUGAGAUAUACUAUUAUCGCGAGCUAACCAAGUGGAUGAGUCGGUCACGUUGGCGGAGACUGCAGGACGCGUUCGCUGAUGUUUACGAUUAUGUCUCAGACAUGGUCAAGGGUUGA